UUAAAAAGAUGACGACCAAACGAGAAGACGACACGUACAACAAAAAGUCAAAGUAAGUGGUUCCACAAGCAUCCGCAUCUAACGACGUCGUUGUCACCUCAGCACUUUCCUUAUCCUCCUCAAAAUAGAAAAACACCAAGGCGAAACAGUUCCCUCUCUCCUUCUUAUACACCCACACACCCACACCGAGUCUCACGCACGCAGCUAUCUCUACAGACUGAAUAAACACUCACUGCAGAAACCACUAUAACAAAACCUCAUCUGAAAUGAUACUCUAAUAUCCCCUUCCCUUUCAUUUCUAUUUACAACAAUGCCAUCCCGCUUGCUCCCAUCUUUACCGGCGUCUCCUCCGCUAAACAAUAACCACCGCUACCACCACCGCCGCCUUCGACACCACCUGCUUCCUUCUAUUCUAGCUGGAGCUCUUUCUUUUACUAUCUUUUGUUUAGUUGUUCUCGUUUUCUUUUUUUACCGAAAAUUAUCUCGUAAACGUACAGCUCCAUCGGACCUAAAGUCUCCUACUCAUAAUCACAACAGCAGCAGCAGCAGCAACCAGCAGCAGCAAUGCCGCCGUUUCUCUUACUCGCUACUGCGAAGCGCAACGGCAUCGUUUUCUACAUCUAACAGGCUUGGCCACGGUGGAUUUGGUUCAGUUUACAAAGCUAUUAUUCCCUCAACAAACCAGCCGUUAGCAGUCAAACUUAUGGACCCUAACGGUUCACUACAAGGAGAGCGGGAGUUUCAUAAUGAGCUCUCGCUUGCCUCUUCUCUUGAUUCUCCACACAUUGUGUCUCUUUUAGGGUUCUCUUCCGACCGCCGUAGAAAGAAGCUUAUUUUAGUGUAUGAGCUGAUGGAGAACCGGAGUCUUCAGGAUGCUUUGUUAGAUCGGAAAUGUGAAGAGCUUAUGAAUUGGAGAAAAAGAUUUGAUAUAGUAAGUGAUGUUGCUAAAGGAAUUGAAUAUUUACAUCAUUUUUGCAAUCCUCCUGUGACUCAUGGAGAUAUUAAACCUAGUAAUAUAUUGCUUGAUGCUGAUUUCAAUGCCAAGAUUGGUGAUUUUGGACUUGCAAGAUUGAAGACAGAGGAGACUGUUGAAAAGAAGGAAGCUUCUUUUGUUGUUGUUGCUGAGGAUAAUGGAUCCAUUUUAGAGGAGACUGAGAGUGUAGUCACUGCAUAUGAGGACAGUAGUACUGUUGCGGGGAUUGAUCGAUCGCCGGAGAGUUUUGCUGUUAGGGUUUUGGAUUCUGAUGCCUCGCCGGAGAUGGCUACUGCUGCUGUGGUGUCUCCGGAGAUGGGGAUGGAUAAAGGGAGUAUUUCAGAGAUGGGGUUUGAUAAGGUCAGUGUCGAUAGUGGGAAAGAUUUGGUUAAUGGAGGGAAGAAAGGUGGGUCGAGAAGAGACUGGUGGUGGAAACAGGAUAAUGGAGGUGGAUCCGAGUCGGGGAGAGUGAAAGAUUAUGUGAUGGAAUGGAUUGGGAGUGAGAUUAAGAAGGAAAGACCAAAAAAUGAAUGGAUUGCUUCUCCUAGUUCGGUUGAUAAUAGUAAUGUAUUAAGAACGAAAAGCUUGUCGAUUGAGCCAAGGAAAAAGCAUAAGAAAAGAUUGGAUUGGUGGGCUUCCUUAGACGAGGAAAGAAUGCAGAAAAAGGUCAAGUAUAGAAAGCCUAGAGAAUGGUGGAAGGAAGAGUUCUGCGAGGAGCUUACUAAAAAGAAGAAGAAAAGAGGGCUUAAUUCUAGUAAUGGUGGAGAUUCAUGGUGGCAGAAGGAUGAUAAUUUGGUACAAGAGACGAAGAAGAAGAACAAGAGGAGUAGAGGUAGCAUUGAUUGGUGGUUGGAUGGGUUUAGUGGGGAUUUGAGAAAUGGGAGAAGAAAUAGUCAAGAUUGGUUAAGUGGAGAGAUACCAAAGAGUGGUGGUGUUAGUAGCACGCCUAGUAUGAGAGGAACUGUUUGCUAUAUUGCCCCCGAGUAUGGUGGUGGUGGCCUAUUAUCAGAGAAGUGUGAUGUGUAUAGCUUUGGUGUUCUGCUUCUUGUUGUGGUUUCUGGUCGGAGACCGCUGCAAGUAACUGCCUCGCCAAUGUCAGAAUUUGAGAGGGCUAAUUUGAUUUCUUGGGCUAGGCAGCUUGCAUAUAAUGGGAAGCUUUUGGAUCUUGUUGAUCCUUCAAUACAUUCCUUGGAUAAAGAUCAGGCAUUGCUUUGUAUUACAAUUGCAUUACUCUGUUUGCAGAGAUCGCCAACCAAGCGGCCUACUAUGAAAGAAAUUGUGGGGAUGCUUUCUGGUGAAACAGAACCACCUCAUUUGCCAUUUGAAUUUUCACCAUCACCACCGUCCAAUUUUCCAUUCAAAUCCCGGAAGAAGGCCCGGUGAGUUUAUUGGACUUAUGACAUCAUUUUGAUUAAUUAACUGUAGAGUGUGUACUGUUGUAGCUGUUUUAGGCCAUUUUAUAAUGAUCAUGCUUGAAGAAAUCCUCUCCAAAAUGGAAAUGAAUACACAUAUGUUCUAUUUAAUUUCAGGCUACUCUCUUUACGUUUGGUUAGUAAUUGCUUUCUUUGGGCCUAGAAGUUCUAUUUUCAGUGUUGGACUUUAUAUUGAGUGUGAUGAUUAUAGGCAUAGUCACACUUCACUUUUGUACCUGCAAGUUGUUGAAUUUUAGGUAUCCCAGGAUUAAUGGUGAAUGUAAAGAUAUAUUUGUAGAGAA